AUGGCCUCCCGGAGCCUGGGGGGCCUGAGCGGGAGCCGCAGCGGGGGCGGCGGCGGCGGCAAGAAGAGCCUGAGCGCCCGCAAUGCUGCGGUGGAGAGGAGGAACCUCAUCACGGUGUGCAGGUUUUCUGUGAAGACCCUGAUUGAUCGGUCCUGCUUUGAGACAAUUGAUGAUUCUUCUCCUGAAUUUAACAAUUUUGCAGCUAUUUUGGAACAGAUUCUAAGUCACCGGCUAAAAGAGAUAUCCCAAAGUUGCAGAUGGCUGGCUCAUCUCCAAAUACCUCUUCAAGGUCAAGUAACCUGGUUUGGUUAUGAAAGUCCUCGUAGCUUCUGGGACUAUAUCAGAGUGGCUUGCCGGAAAGUUUCACAGAAUUGUAUCUGCAGCAUUGAAAAUAUGGAAAAUGUCAGUUCCUCUAGAGCUAAGGGUAGAGCCUGGAUCAGAGUAGCACUCAUGGAAAAACAUUUAUCUGAAUACAUCUCUACAGCUCUGAGAGACUUCAAAACAACCAGGCGAUUUUAUGAAGAUGGAGCAAUUGUCUUGGGUGAGGAAGCAAAUAUGCUUGCUGGCAUGCUGCUUGGACUAAAUGCUAUUGAUUUCAGCUUCUGCCUCAAGGGAGAAGGAUUGGAUGGAAACUUUCCUGCCGUAAUAGACUACACACCAUAUUUGAAGUUUACCCAGAGUUCUGACAGCAUCAGCAGUGACGAGGAAGAGCUGAGAACUUUGGGAAGCAGUGGUAGUGAAAGCAGCACUCCAGAGAAUGUCGGGCCUCCUUUCAUCAUGGAUGAGAAUAGUUGGUUCAACAAGUGUAAGAGAGUUAAACAAAAGUAUCAGCUAACCCUGGAACAGAAGGGUUAUCUUGAAGAACUCUUACGACUUCGAGAGAACCAGCUGUCUGAAUCUGUCUCCCAGAAUAAAAUACUACUUCAGAGGAUUGAAGAUUCUGAUCUGGCCCAUAAAUUGGAAAAGGAACAAUUAGAAUAUAUAAUUGUGGAGCUUCAAGAUCAGCUGACUGUGCUAAAGAAUAAUGAUUUAAGAUCAAGACAAGAGUUAACUGCCCACCUCACCAACCAGUGGCCUUCCCCAGGAGCUCUGGAUGUCAAUGCUGUUGCCUUGGAUACGUUGCUUUACCGAAAACACAAUAAACAGUGGUAUGAAAAAAGUUAUCAAAGUCUUGACCAGUUAUCAGCUGAAGUUAGCCUUUCUCAGACUUCACUGGAUCCAGGUCAGUCACAAGAAGGAGAUGGGAAGCAAGACACAUUAAAUUUAAUCAGUGAAGGUAAAGAAGACACUCCCUCAUUACUCGGUCUCUGUGGAUCUCUAACAUCAGUGGCAAGUUACAAAUCUCUAACAAGUCUCAAAUCUAAUGACUACCUUGCAAGUCCCACAACAGAGAUAACGAGUCCAGGCUUAACUCCAUCCUGAAAAAUUUUAUGUCAAAGCCAGAAGUUUUUAUGUUGCAAAUGUUCUAUUUACAUAAGUUUGACUGCUGGGAAAACCUUUGGAAUUUUAUAUUGUUCUGGCACAUGUCUGGAAUUCUUUUGCUUCUAUUAGAGAAUUCAGUGCACUCCACGUGCCCUUCUGAGUGAAAAUGAUCCUGCCAUUUUAAGAUUCUUAUAUUUGUCACUGAGGAAGAUUAAAAAUGGAUAGGCUUAAAAAACUU